CUUUGGCUGGCAAUCUUUGAGCACCUUCCUUUCCGAACCCUUCAUGACAUUACCCUCACUUGCCAGUCCUUUCGUUAUCUUGCGCAACCUCCCUUAUUUCGCUCGCUGACAUUCUGUCCAUGCUCUCCGGACACCAACAACCAGCGCUUUAUUCACCGUCUCGAAACUGUUGAGCGUACAAAGUAA